CUGGCUAUCCCAAUAUGUGGAGAAUUGGUUAUCAUAGAUUAAAUGAAAACUAAGUCACCUUAGAAAUGGCAAAUAAUAUAGAAAGUGGAGAAGUGGAAUUGUCAAUGUCCUCUGAGACAACUAAGAAAGAAAGUGAGACUUCAACAUCAAGCAAACAUCCCGAAGUUCCAAACAAUAUAGCAUUUCCUGUAAAUGAUGUUACAGUUUCUAUUAAUAAAGUGAGUAUUCCUGAUGAAGCAAAGCCCAACAUUGCAAGGAGUACAAAGUCUGGAAAUCUAGGUAAUAUAGACAUCAAUGUAACUGACACUAGUGGGGUUAUUAUUGACAGCUCAAGUAAUAUCAAAAAUAAGACAUUCACACAAGCAAAAGAAGAUGAUAUAUCUGAUACAGCCACAGAUCACAGCUGUAGUACAAAGGACUCUAACAGUACUCUAACAGACUUUGCUGAUCUUAACUUUCACUCACCAACUGAUGGUCCAGGCUUGGUGGUCACUGAUACAUCUAAUCAAAUUGAUUCUUCAGCAAUAAUAACUGAUCUCACUGAUAAUACCAAAGUGUAUGAUGAGCCACAAUGUCAAAGACAUGUGCACAUUUCUGCUGAAGCUAUCAAAGAAGAAUCACAAGAUACCGGAAGUAGAGCUUCAUUCUAUCUCCAUGAUGACUUCAGUGUGAAUGAUGUUGAUUGCAAUAGAAGAUCUAAUAGUUCAACCCCUCCAGAGAGAGCCAAUGUUGAUGGAAGGAGGGUCAUUGUAGGUAUUUGUGCAAUGAAGAAGAAAUCAAGCUCAAGACCAAUGCAAGAAAUUCUCGAACGUUUAGAACUAUUUCAAUACAUAGAGACCUUAAUCUUUGAUGAAGAUGUGAUCUUAAAGAGUCCAAUUGAGGAUUGGCCAAUAUGUGACGGAUUGAUAUCAUUCUUUUCCAAGGGAUUUCCGUUGGAUAAGGCUGUGCGAUAUGCUAAACUCAGGAAACCAUUUCUUAUCAAUGACCUUAAAAUGCAGUAUUUUUUACAAGACAGGCGGGAGGUUUACAAGAUCCUGGAGAAGGAAGGAAUAGACCAGCCAAGAUAUGCUGUUCUUGAACGUGACUCUGAUAAUCCUCAUAAGUGUGAACUAGUCCAGACAGAAGACAGUAUUGAAGUGAAUGGAGUCACCUUCCAGAAGCCAUUUGUAGAGAAACCAGUGUCAGCAGAAGAUCACAAUGUUUACAUCUACUUCCCAACUAGCGCAGGUGGUGGAAGCCAACGCUUAUUCAGAAAGAUUGGAAGUCGUAGUAGUGUCUACUCCCCAGUGAGUCGUAUACGCCAGACAGGGUCCUACAUCUAUGAAGAUUUCAUGCCUACCGAUGGUACAGAUGUGAAGGUGUAUACUCUGGGUCCAGACUAUGCCCAUGCUGAGGCCAGGAAGUCCCCAGCUUUGGAUGGGAAGGUUGAAAGGGACAAACAAGGGAAGGAGAUACGCUAUCCAGUCAUCCUUAGUGCCAGUGAAAAACUGAUUGCACGCAAAGUUUGCAUUGCAUUCAAGCAAACUGUGUGUGGAUUUGACUUACUAAGGGCCAAUGGCAAAUCUUAUGUCUGUGAUGUCAAUGGAUUCAGCUUUGUGAAGAACUCUAUGAAAUAUUAUGAUGAUUCAGCAAAAAUACUUGGAAAUCUUGUGCUGCGUAAUUUGGCUCCGCAGCUGUCUAUCCCCUGGUCUAUCACAUUCCAGCCUGAAGAUAUACCUAUAGUGCCUACCACAUAUGGCACCAUGAUGGAACUGAGAUGCGUUAUUGCAGUUAUCAGACAUGGGGACAGGACACCAAAACAGAAGAUGAAAAUGGAGGUUAAACAUAAGAAAUUUUUUGACCUAUUUGAAAAAUAUGAUGGAUUUAAAACUGGCCAAUUGAAACUUAAGCGCCCGAAGCAGCUCCAAGAAGUUCUUGACAUUGCUCGCUACCUAUUGGCUGAAAUACGUACUAGAUCAGAUCCAGAAAUUGAAGAAAAGAAAUCCAAAUUAGAACAACUAAAAUCUGUGUUAGAAAUGUAUGGUUAUUUUUCUGGCAUUAAUCGUAAAGUACAGCUCAAGUAUCAACCUAAGGGUAGGCCCAGGAAGUCAAGCGAAGAUGAUGAUGUCUCGGGAUCGGACGCAGAUGUUGACACAUACCCAGGACAAUUUGAUAUGCCCCGUGAUCCAAGCCUUGUUUUGAUCCUGAAGUGGGGUGGUGAGCUGACCCCUGCAGGGAAGACACAAGCAGAGCAGCUUGGGAAGGCAUUCAGAUGCAUGUAUCCAGGUGGCCAAGGUGAUGAUGGAGAGAGGGGGCUCAGCCUAUUACAAUUACAUAACCAUUGUCGACAUGACAUCCAACUGUAUGCAUCUGAUGAGGGCAGGGUCCAGAUGACUGCAGCAGCUUUCUCAAAGGGCCUGCUUGCACUAGAAGGUGAAUUAACGCCUAUCCUGGUACAGAUGGUGAAAAGUGCAAACAUGAAUGGACUACUGGAUAAUGACAAUGAAUCUUCUAAGUAUCAGAACAAUGUUAAGGAGAAGCUGAGGACAACAUUGCAUCAAGACCAUGUGUUUACAGAGGAUGAUAUUAAUGCUCUUGCCCCUACCAACAGUACAUCAUUAACUAACUCUCUUAAGUUCAUAAAGAACCCAGUGACUGUGUUGAAGCGAGUACAUGAGCUCAUACACAACCUUGUGGCAAGGAUCAAGAAACUUAAGGAAGACCUUAGCUGUAGUUCAAAAGAGAAGAAGUUGUAUCAUGGAGAAUCCUGGGAGUUACUUCUGCGAAGAUGGGCAAAACUUGAGAAGGACUUCAAGCUGAAGAAUGGCAUGUAUGACGUGUCUAAGAUCCCAGAUGUCUAUGACUGUAUAAAGUAUGACCUCCAACAUAACCAGAAGAUCUUGAAGUAUGACCAGGCAGAGGAAUUGUAUGCUUGUUCUAAGGCACUAGCAGAUAUAGUUAUACCUCAGGAAUAUGGUAUCACAAAAGAGGAGAAGUUAAAAAUAGCCAAAAGUGUGUGUACGCCACUGUUAAAGAAGAUCUUAGCAGACUUACAGAGGAAUGCGGAUGAGGAUUCCACGAGGUUGGAUUCAAGAUAUUCUAAGGGAGUGGCAAGUCCCCAUAGACAUGUGAAGACAAGACUUUACUUCACCAGUGAGAGCCACAUCCACUCACUGAUGACUACCCUGAGAUAUGGAGGCCUAGGGGACAACAUUAAACUAUCCCCAGAUCAACAGUCUAUAAAUGAUGAGCAAUGGCAGAGGGCCAUGGAUUAUGUUGCUGCUGUGUCAGAGUUCAACUACAUGUCACAGAUUGUCAUCAUGCUCUAUGAAGAUCCAAAUAAGGAUCCUGACUCAGAUGAGAGGUUCCAUGUAGAGCUUCACUUCAGUCCAGGUGCAGUAACUAAAGAGAAUGACAUCAUUCCUGCAGGCUCAGGCUAUAGGCCUCACUCUAGGCGUGGCCAGCAAAAAGCCAAGGAGCCUGAGGCAGGUAGAACUACAGUAGCAGGUGUAGCAAAUAGUAGUAUUGAUGAUCAAGUAUUCCAACCUACACCUGCUGAGAGGGUAGUGAAGGUACUUGGUGGGCCAGCAGGUAGCCCUAGAGGAGCCAGUGACCAUGAUCUAGCUGACUUGCCUGAAGAACCAGAAGAUCUUAAGUCACCAAACUCUUCAAAGGGUCCACUGGAAAGUGCUCCAGAUGUGCAACAAAUCCUACAUUCAACAACAGAAACAGCUUUAGACGAUCAGCCAAUCAGACGCGUUGAAUCUGAACCAAUAACAAUUGAUGUUCACAAACGCAAACGUCACCAUUCACAUCAGGAUAGCGCAACUGCAUCAGCUGCAAACUCACUAACAGAGGAUAACACAAGGGACUUGAGGUCAGAAGCUAACUCAUACGAAUCUAGAAGGCACAGCUUUGAUGAAAAUUUACCCAUGUCAUUAGAGCGCAAAAAUAGUGCAGACAUGAUUAAGCAGCACCCAUUGGCUGAUUCGCAGCAUCGUCACUCAUUUGCUGGUUUAUUUGCACCAUAUAUCACAGAACCUAUCAAUAAAGGCUCCAGGACAAGCCUUAUAAGUACUAGGGUGAUCCGAGGGUCAAGUAGUGCUCCAAACCUCAUGGAUGGAUUUGAUACUCCAGGCUUUAAUAUUACAGAUUCACAGGCUCCUAUGUGGGCUAAUAUUCCUGCAAUCAGACCACUUGAGACACUACACAAUGCCUUGACAUUGAGGCAAAUUGAGGAGUUCUUCCAGCGAAUGACCAACCGGACCCCAGGAUCAAGCACACCCCGACAACCAUCCACUCCAGGUUCUUACUAUAAUCCUAAGACAGUAUCUAGUCCAGGUUCUAUGGCCAUGCAUGUCCCUGUUCAAGCUAAUGUGUAUAGUGUGCCAUCUAGCACCUGUUCAAGCAGUGGCCCCUCUUCCCCCACAGCCGCCUCAAACCCUGAUGACAUCAUGCUCAAACUGAAAGAACUUAUUAAAGCAGAAAAAAGUAAAGUUCCUGAGACUAAUAAAGAUGGAGCUGAAUCAGAUACUCUAGAAUCACCACGGACUUGAGCUUUGUUCCUUGACUUUAACAAUUACAUGUACCUAUUUAAAAUAUAUGAAUGAAUGGUCUCAGAAAGGUCAAUGUAUACUCCUCACAGGGAGAACUUGAGUGUCUAUAGGGUGAUAAAAAUCAUUUAGAAAAAUCACUGCAUGAUCAGACAAACUUCCCAUGCUAAUACAAUAGCCUCAUCAUAUUAACAAUACUUCACUAGACUUACAGGUCCUGCUUUUCAGGAGAAAAUAAUCCCUUACUCAUGCCUGAUGUAUUAUUGCAUGGUUAUAUUUCAUUAACUUAGGCAAGUGAAGUGAGCGAGAUAUGCCGUAUAUUGGUUCAACUUUGAUUGCAUUCUAGGGGACCAGCUCAAUAUGUCCAAAAAAGAUAAUUCAAAUUUGAUUUUGACCAUUCAUUGAUUUUUGGAAAUUGCUUUACUUUAAAAUUAAAUGUACAAUAUACUGGAUAAGGGUUAUGUACUUGGAGGUUUAGAGGAUACAGAGUUUAUCUCAUAAGAAAUCUGUGUAUCUCCUGAGGGGCUGCCGGAAAUGAGGA